ACACGGACCAAUCACAUGUAAGCAGUAGUCAUGAGCAUCAUAUAUAUAUGUGUGGCCUAAAUACAACCACAGCGCUUCUGGGAUUGUUGGAAAGGUCGUUUCACUUGGACACUGGUGUAACAUCUCAACUUAUAAUAAGAGGACAUAUUAUGAUGUUUCAGAGAACUUUAUUAUCUGCUGGCCGACUUUUGUCUGGCAUGGUCAAACAAUCCACGACCCACCGAGCAUUUUGCACCACCCCACGGGCGGCCGCCUUCAACCAACCCCUGUCCCCGGAUGUACUGCCCCGUCCAGCUGGAAUCUGUACGAUGAUGAGACUCCCGUCACAAGCAACAACAAAGGGUUUAGAUGUAGGUUUCAUCGGUGUCCCCCUUGAUAUUGGGGUCGGGUACCGCAAUGGUACCAGGAUGGGUCCGAGAAAUGUGAGAGUUGAGUCCGUCUACCUUAAAUCACUAAAUGCAAGCACAGGUGCUGCCCCGUUCGAGUCUCUCCAUGUAGCAGACGUGGGUGACGUCAGACUUAAUCAGUAUAAUCUGGUUACCGCAUGCGAGGAAAUCCGCAGAUAUUACACAAACGUAGAGUGUAUCCCGUUGACGAUAGGUGGCGAUCACACCCUCACCUACCCAAUACUCCAGGCAUUGAAGGAGAAGCACGGACCCAUGGGCCUGAUCCAGCUAGACGCCCACACGGACACAGUGGACAAUAUAGCCGGGGACAAGAUCUGCCACUCCACCCCCAUCAGACGUGCCGUGGAGGACGGGUGCAUCAUCCCGGAGAAGACCGUGCAGAUUGGCAUCCGUGGAGGCGGGUACUCCAUGGACUACGUACAAUGGGGCAUUGACCAGGGUUUCCGUGUGGUUCGCGCGGAGGAAUGCUGGCACAAGUCCCUCACGCCCCUCAUGGAAGAAGUAAGAGCCAUGAUGGGAGACAUACCCGUAUAUGUGACCUUUGAUAUCGACGCCCUUGACCCUUCAUUUGCUCCGGGAACAGGGGCAUUGGAAAUCGGUGGUCUAACGACGAUACAAGGGUUGGAGGUGGUCAGAGGUUGUCGAGGCCUCAACAUCAUCGGCGGCGAUGUCGUGGAGGUAUCACCGCCCUACGACAACAAUAAUAUGACGUCAAUGGCAGCAGCACAUUACUUGUUUGAGAUGCUAUGUGUCCUUCCCGGUGUCAAAUACUACCCGCUGUGAUCUCAUAAAUGGAACCUCUCAAACGGUUUCUCAGAAGGCCACCAGUCAUCAGCUGAUAGCCGAACAAUUUUCAGAUGGAGCUAAUGUUGUUGAAAUUCUCGUGUACUUUGUUAUACCAUUGUUUUGUUUCAUUCAUGACCAACAGAUGCAUAUGCUUAUAUCAAACCACGCAUCUUAACUGCCUUCUCACCAUCGUCGUUUUUGUCUUCAUACCAUAGUUAGGUAUCAUAAAUUCGGCUAAGAACCAAAACGUAAAUUGUUUUUGAUAUAAAUGGAAACCCCUUUAAGUAUAAUAAAAUGUGUACAUGAAUAUGUAAAACUGACAUACUUGGACACCUCUUUGAUAGCUGAUCUUAUAAUUAGUAUCAAAAAGACAUGUAUAUGAAAAGCACUCAUUCAAUAAUGGUCAAAUAUCCAAGUCCCUCCCACAGAUGUACUCACCUCAACUAAAAUAAAAGAGACAAGUGAAACCGA